AUGGCAGGGUUUUUCUCGUUAGACGGCGGAGGAGGCGGUGGAGGAGGGAGAGGAAACAGCCAAGAAGAACACCGCACCAACACUAAUCCUCCUCCUCCUGUAUCAGAAUCUUGGCUCUGGUACAGAAACCCUAACGCAAACGCAAACGCUCCUUCCUCUUCAAACGCUGUUUUAGGCACACUUGAGUUAUGGCAAAACCACAACCAACAAGAAAUCAUGUUCCAGCAUCAACAGCAUCAGCACAGGUUAGAUCUCUACUCCUCAGCAGCUGGUUUAGGAGUAGGACCAAGCAACCAUAGCCAAUUCGAUAUCUCAAACGCUGCCACCGGGAGAGAAGCAGCGCUUAUGAUGAUGCGGAGUGGCGGUGGAGGUGGAAACGGUUUGAGCUGUCAAGACUGUGGAAACCAGGCCAAGAAAGACUGCGCUCAUGUUAGGUGUCGAACUUGCUGCAAGAGCCGUGGCUUGGACUGCCCUACGCACGUGAGGAGCACGUGGGUUCCUGCCGCUAAACGCCGUGAGAGACAACAUCAGCUAGCCAUGGUUCAGCCUCAUAUGCACCAGAGGCGCGGUGAUAGCGGUAUACCGAAACGCCAACGGGAGAAUUUUCCGGGAGCUUCUUCUGCUCUUGUCUGCACUCGCAUUCCUCCUACUCACAACGCUUCAGGUUUAGAAGUUGGAGAUUUCCCGGCGGAGGUGAGCUCACCGGCAGUGUUCAGAUGUGUGCGAGUGAGCUCAGUGGAAGAUGGAGAAGAAGAAUUUGCUUAUCAAACAGCCGUAAGCAUCGGUGGUCACAUCUUUAAAGGCGUUCUCUACGACAAGGGUCCUGGAAGUAGCAGCGGCUACAACGUAAUCACCACUGGUGAGAGCUCUUCUGGUGGUGGAGGACACCAGCUCAAUCUCAUAACAGCUGGAUCUGUGACGGUCGCAACUGCUUCUUCCUCCACACCAAACGCCGGUGGUAUUGGCAGCUCCUCCGCGGCGGGUUACAACGAUCCAGCCUCUCUUUAUCCAACUCCAAUUAACAGUUUCAUGGCCGGUACACAGUUCUUUCCUAACCCAAGAUCAUGAUGUUAAUCUGACAUAAUGCAGAGUAACUAUUUUGAAUUCUUAUAAUAUAAUUAGGGUUUUAAAAAUCGUUAAUUGUUGGAUUCAUAUUACAUAGAGAUGUAGAAGUGGGGGAAAUUAGGAGGAAAGUGGACCUGUUUAUGCUUCUUCUGGACACUCAAAGUUGUUGCAAUAUUAGGGUUUUUAAACGGA